AUGUGGUGCUUUUAUUCAACAGCACCAAAGAAUGAAAUCACAUGCAUAGCCUUAUUGCUUAGUGUUUUGAUAAUUAUUUUGAAUAUUAGUAAUAAUGCGUAUGUGGAAUGUACAGGAACCUACAAAUCUAUGGUAAUUGGAGGAAUGUCAAGUGAUUUGAACAAUGUAGCAAUCUCAAGUAUUUACAUAAAUCCUGGAAAUAUUUAUUUAGAUGCUACGGCUGGAGUAUUGUACACGACCGAGACAGCAAAAAUUAGAAAGAUUACUCUUUCAUCGGGUAUUAUUUCAACAGUUGUUGGAAGUGGAACACCUGGAACAACAUACACAACUGAUCCCACAACCACUCAAACCCAUACUCCAAAAAGCUUAACACGAUGGAAAACACACUUAAUUUGGAUUGAUGCAAAUAUGAGAAUUAGAAAAUUGGAUUCAUCCACUAAUCAAGUUUCGGUAAUUUUUAGUGCAGGAUAUGGAAACUCUGACAAUACUGUUACAAAUCCUCUCUUGGUUCAAAGUGGUUCUUCUUUAUCAAUAACUGUAGAUCCUUCAGAUAAUAUUUAUUUUGCAGAUUAUUCCAAUUGGCUUAUUAGAAAAAUUGAUGGAAAUACCAAUGUAGCUAGUGUUUACAAAUCUGGUUUAUUGGGUUAUACAAAUCAAAUUAAAUAUUGUAAUGGAGGCCUAUAUGCUUAUGUAAAUGAUAACGUUAAUUUCUAUAUUCAAAAAUUGACGGAAAGUGGUGGAACAGUUUAUGCUAACACUGCGGUUGGAGGUGGUUCUUCAAAAAGUACAGGUAUUUCUGGAACUUCCUAUCUAAUGGAUGGAACCAACUUUGUGACCAAGAUGGAUUGUUAUAAUAAUGAGCUUUAUUGGAAUGCAUAUGAUUAUAGCAUUAGAAAGCUAACAACUGGUGGAAUUGUGCAGCAGGUUUUGGGUAACGGAUAUAGAGGUGAGUCAGCAGAUGGAACCGUUACAUCAUCCUCAAUAAUUGGUUACAUUGAAUACUUUACUAUUAAUCCGACUAAUGGUGAUCUUUACUUUGCUGAAAAUAAUUACAACAUUAGGAAACUUGUUGGAACUACGUUGUCAUCAUUUUUACAUUAUAGAAAUGUAUUAAAUGAAAGAAAUGCCAAAACUCUUCAAUUGGUUCCAAGCGCAAUUGCUUUAUACAGUGAUGGAUUUUAUUUGGCUGACACAAACAGUAUUAAGUUUUACAAUUUAACAAGUUCAACAAUUAAGCAUUAUGCAGGAUAUUUUUAUCUUCCAUAUAACAACAAAGCCCCAAGUGGAUCUGACAAUAUUGGAGGUUCUUACGUGACUGCUAGAUAUUCUAACAUUCUAUCUAUGACAUGCACUCCAACAGGAGAUAUCUAUAUGAUCGAUAAUUAUUCACCUGGAUUUUUUCUCAAAUUACUGUCAAAGAGCACGGGUUUAGUUACAAUAGUAGCUGGCGCAGCUUCUGGAUCAGAUUGUGUUAAUGGAAACACUCCAACUGCUUGUACUAUUACUAAUGCCAAAAAUUUACAAUAUUACAAUGGUGAGAUCUAUUUUGCAUCAGACAACUAUAUUUACAAAAUCAGCUCAUCAACUGGAAAGAUUGUAGUUGUUUUGGGAGGGGGUGCCUCCACUUCUGAUGGUGCAUCAUCAUCAGCAAAUAUUGCAACACUAUUUUCUUUUACAAUAAGACCGUCAGAUGGAAAGAUAUAUUACUUUCAACAAAUCGGUUCAACGUUUUAUCUCAAAGUUUUCACUGCUUCAACAGUCGCAACACGUUUUACUACCUCUUCUGUAACCAUCAAAGACUUUUAUGUAAACGACAACGGUAAUGUAUACUACACUGAGAGUGGUGCUCUUAAACUUUUCACACCUGCAACUGCCAAUGCUAACACUGGUACAAUAACGUCAUAUGCUGGUAAUAGUGCUGGAACAUAUAAUGAUGGAGAAACUCUGGCUAAUACCAAGUUCAAUACACUUGUAGGUUUGACUUUUGCCAGCGAUAACAACUUGAUGUUAAUUGCAGAAAGUGAUGAACUCAGAAAAAUUUACAUGACGUGUGAUGCAAAUUAUGGUGGAAGUUAUUGUAAUCUACCCUAUUGUUACUCCAAAAGAUCUGAUGACAUUUCAGUUUGCAAUUCCCAUGGUACCUGCACAGCCAUUAACACAUGCACCUGUGCAACUGGUUAUUCUAAUUCAAAUUGUUCUUCUUGGACAUGUAAUGGAUAUUCAAACUCUGUUACUACUGGUUGUUCUAAUCAGGGCACUUGCACAGCAUAUAAUUCCUGUAGCUGCUCAUCGAAUUAUUAUGGAGCCAAUUGCUCAGUAACAACAUGUAAUGGAGUCUAUUCUAAUUCAAGUCAGGUUUGUUCAGGACAUGGUGCAUGUUCAACAUUUAAUACUUGUUCAUGCUCCUUAAAUUACUAUGGAUUUAACUGUGAAAUUUUUGAUUGUUACUAUGUAGCAAAAACCAAUUCUAGUGUUUGUUCAGGACAUGGUACUUGUAUGGAUUAUAAUUCGUGCUCAUGCUCUUCAAAUUAUUAUGGAUCUAAUUGUUCAAUUACAACUUGUUAUGGAACUUUACAAAACUAUUCAUCUGUUUGCAAUUCCCAUGGUUCAUGUGUUGGAUUGGACUCCUGUCAAUGUAACUCAAACUAUGGAGGCUCACAAUGUCAAUAUCCAUAUUGUUUUGGAAUUUUGUCAAACGAAACAUCAGUUUGUUCUGAGCAUGGUUCAUGUGUUGAUUACAACUCUUGUACUUGCUCUUCAAAUUAUUAUGGAUCUAAUUGUUCAAUUACAACUUGUUAUGGAACUUUACAAAACAAUUCAUCUGUUUGCAAUUCCCAUGGUUCAUGUGUUGGAUUGGAUUCAUGUCAAUGUAACUCAAACUUUGGAGGCUCACAAUGUCAAUAUCCAAACUGUUUUGGAAUUUUUGGACAUGGUGAUUGUCCUUCAUUAAAUAAUUGUAAUUGUACAGCUGGAUACUUUGGAGCAGACUGUUCAUUGAAUACUGCUGUUAUAGUCCAAACUUAUGAAUGCUUUGGAAUUUCAAGCCUUGAGGAUACAGUAGUUUGUUCAGGAAAAGGUGAAUGUAUUGGAAAUGAUUUAUGUAAAUGCUCAAAUGGAUUCUUUGGAUCUAAAUGUAAUGUUACAAGUUGCAAUGGAAAGAGACAAGAUAAUCCAACUGUUUGCAGUGGAAAGGGAAAAUGUUUUGAAGAUGGACAUUGUCAAUGCUCUUAUGGAUAUGGAGGUCAAGAUUGUCAAGUUAAAACAUGCUUUGGUAAAACAUCUUUGGAUCCAAAUGUUUGCUCAGGAAGAGGUGUUUGUGUUGAUAUUGACACGUGUCAAUGUUUUUCAUCAAAUGGCAUCAGUGUAAAGAUUACUGGUGAUGAAUGUGAAAACUUACUUUGCAAAGGAGUUUACAAUGGCGUUGAAGAUUUUUAUUCAAGCAAUGAUUUUAGAGUUUGCUCAAAGCACGGUAACUGUUCAACAGGAGGAUGUUCCUGUGCUGCGGGAUAUUACGGAGACAAGUGUGAAAUGUUUAAUUGCAACUCAAUUGCCAAGAAUAACUCACAUGUUUGCUCAGGACAUGGUGAUUGUGUUGGAAUUAACACCUGCUCAUGUUAUAGUGAUAGUACUAAUGGUUUCUAUUCUGGAUCUGAUUGUAACACUUGCCAUCCUGCAUAUACUGGUGCAAAUUGUAAUGUUAAAACAUGUACUGGUUCAACUUGUAUGAAUGGUGGGUCUUGUGGAACUGAUAAUAGUUGUGAUUGUAUUGGAAACUUUACUGGAUUGAUUUGUGAAACUUGUAAAUCCAAUAGUUAUGGAUCACAAUGUAAUGUCUAUUGUAAUAGUCAAUCAACAUGUAAUGGACAUGGCCAAUGUGGAUCCGAUGGCCAAUGUAUUUGUUUCUCAGAUACCAAGAAUGGUUACUGGAAUGGUAGCUCAUGCAGCUCAUGCCAAAAUGGUUACUUUGGAAGCGAUUGUUUUGCCCAUUUUGAAUCAUUCAACUCUACCUAUGUCAAUGAAAUUUAUUCUCAAGUUACUGAUUUCUUUGAUGGUGUGAUAUUUAAGCUAUUUGCUCCACCUUCCUAUUUACCAAACACUGUUCCAUGUUCAAAACUCAUUUACAUCGAUGAUCAACCAUUAUUCGGCACAGAACCUAAAUGUUUCUGGAUUGAUAAGGAAAAUGGUGAUUUCAAGAUUCAAUUCGAUUAUGAUUUUACUCUAAACUCUUCGUCAGUCAUAGGAAACCAUUUUAGAGUGAACAGAAAUCUAUUUACUACACUUACAAGAAGAUUGAACAAACUUGGAGCUUUUUCUACAAGAACCAUCGUAGAUGACACUAUUAUUUAUUUAAUGCCUCCAAAUACUGUAAAAAGUCCAGUUGCUGAUGUGAAGUCAUCAAAAAGAAUUUAUAGUGAAACAGAAGAUAUGAUAUUUAGUGGAUCAGACUCCUUCUCUGGAGAUAGGAAAGAACUGGAUUAUACUUGGAGCAUUGAGGGAAACUCUAUCAAUUCUACUGUUGAAAAUUUCAUAAAAUCCAACAAGCAAGCAACCAUUAAGAUUGAUAAGGGUUUGCUAAAAUUGGGAAUUUAUAAGUUGACACUAGUUGUGAGAAGUACAGUAACUAGUGAAGUGAGUUUGAUUAAUAUUUUCACAUUACAAAUUCUAGAAUAUCAAGUUCCUUCAGUUAGUAUUUACGGAAGUAAGAAAAUUAGGCAAAAGUCAACUGAAAAGCCGGUUCAUAUCAAAAAGACAACUACAAUUCCAGAUUAUUUGAAGAAUGAAACUAUGAAUAUUGAAUGGCAACAAAUUGAAGGUCCGAAUGUUGAUUUUAAGAAGGAUAUUUACAAUAAUUUGAUUAUUGAAAGUUUCACUAAGGGAGCUUUUAAAUAUGUUUUCAAAAUUUCAAUUACUCCAGAAAAAAAUUCAAGUUUAUCAUCAAGUGAUUAUGUGAUAAUUAACACUGAACAACCUGAACUCUCACUUUAUCUUUCAUUGAAGAGUGUGACUAAUUAUUCAUCAACAAUUCAAGUCAAUUAUCAAGAUCCAGAAAACAACACAGACGAAACUGAAUUAUGGCAAUGGUCGUGUAUUAAUUCUGAAACAGAUGGUUAUUGUGGAGAUGGUGUUGUAGACAAAAUGUCUUUCCAUUCCAAGAACCAUUCAACUCUCUUCAUAGUUGACAAAUCUGACUUUUCCUUAUCAACUUUACAGAAACCAACUUUUACUCUAAGCAUUAGAAAAGGAGAAAGAAAGGCUUCAUGUUCCAUUACUUUGAAUAUUGUUCAUUUACCUCCAAUUCUCAAUAUUAUUGACAUUUCUCCAGACUUUAAAUCUGUUGUCAAUAGUGAUGAGAAGUUUUCCAUUGAAGUCUCUCACUCAAAACAGGAUUUAUCAGAUUCAUCACUUUCUAUUAAAACUGAAUGGAAGAUUGACACUUCCAUUGUUUCUGAGAGUGAAACUACAAGAAUAGAAUCAACAGAUUCUUUUUCAACAACCACAACAAUGUUAUCAACUUCAAGUUAUGUUCAAGUUGUUAGUAAGAAUACACAAAGCGCUAUUAUUAUUGAUGCCAGGGAGUUUGAUGAAGGAACUGAAAAAACUAUUGCAUUGAAAGUUUCGUAUGUUCAAACUAAUGAAUCUAAUAUUGUUAAUGGUAUUCCAGAAGAAAUUGAAAUUGCUUCUACCGAAAGUUCAACAACAAUUACAAAGGCAACUCAACCACAAAAAUGUCCAUGUAGCAUUACACCUUCUAAUGGUGUUUCUAUGGAAACAGAAUUCAAAGUUUCAUGUGUCAAUUGUCAAAAUGAACAAAAUACCAUCGAAAUCACCCAAGGAUAUGUGGAUAGUGAAACUGGAAUCAAAAUUCAAGUACCAAUCUCAGAGGAGGAUACUGUUAAAAUCCCUGCUGUGGUAUCCUCUAGUUCAAAUACUCCACAAGCUGCACCUGUUAAAUGGUUUGUUGAAUUGACUGAUACAGAAUCUGGAGAAUCAAGAACCAUGUAUACAAAUAUAACAGUGACAACAGUUGUGGUAAACACAACCGAAGAGAUUUGGCAACAGGUCUCCAAUCAAACAACCGAAAUCAUUUCAGCUAUCAUUCAAGAUGGUAAUCCAAUUGAAAGUAUUUCACAAACUGUUAAUACAAUCGUUUCAACAAGUCAAUUGUUGCAAAGUUUACCACAAGUUCAACAUCAAGAUUCUGAAACAAUUACUAAAAUUCAAACUCAACUUCUUAGUACACUUGCAAGUGCUGUGGAAACUACAAGAGUGGAAACCUCAAUUGAGUCAACUUCAUCAAUGGUUGUUUAUGCUGUUUAUUCUGUGAUUAAGAGCGAUGAAAUUAUUGUUCCAGUAGUUACUGAUAAAUCAAUUUCUAUUUUGAAUGAAGUAGUUGAUCAAGCAGUGAAGAGUAAUCUUCAAAUUUCAACUGAAACAAGUCAAACUGUAAUGUCAAUUGUUGAGAAUUUGCAAAGUAGUGUUGAAAAUAUUACAUCAACCCUUGAACAACUCAAUAUUUAUGAUCAAUUGGUUAAUGUGACUGAAAACCUAGCUUAUUCAAUUGUUAAGGAGCAAACAGUGAGUGCUGAUCCAAUUGUUUUACAAACUUCUUCUUUAUCUAUCCAAGUUGACAAGAUUUAUUUUACCGAUCUCUCAGACUCUGUCAUUUCAUCCAUAACCACAGAAAUGGAAAGUGUAAACAAAACUAUUCUUGUGAAUAUCAGCCUUCCAUCAUUUAUAACUAUGGAAACGGAAUAUGUUGAAAUAACUUACUCUAUGGUUGUUGAGGAAUAUUCUUCAACUAUUUUGCAACAAAUUCUUACAAAUAUUACAAACACCACCACAUUACAAAUUGCUUCUCCUGUCAUUACAUCAUUCUCAAUCAUGGAAACAUCAGAAAGUUCAGUAGCAAACCAAUUGAUGAGUUCUCAAAAUGUGUCAAUUGAAAUGUUGGUUGACUCUGGAGAUUUCAUUGAAUUCUCUUCUUCUUAUUCAUGUAUGGGUGUAAACACAGGAAAUAUGUCACUCGAAUCACACAAUUGUACUGCAGAAUAUGAUGAAUCAACUUCAAGUGUCAAGUGUAAUUGUAUUUUUAAUCAACUCCAAAUUUCAAAUCUUGUAGUUGUUAGAAAUGUAACAACCAUAAUUGAAGAAGUAGUAGAAAUGGAAGAAUACACAUGUUUUGGUAUUUCAAGCCUUGAGGAUACAGUUGUUUGUUCAGGAAAAGGUGAAUGUAUUGGAAAUGAUUUAUGUAAAUGCUCAAAUGGAUUCUUUGGAUCUAAAUGUAAUGUUACAAGUUGCAAUGGAAAGAGACAAGAUAAUCCAACUGUUUGCAGUGGAAAAGGAAAAUGUUUUGAAGAUGGUCAUUGUCAAUGCUCUUAUGGAUAUGGAGGUAAAGAUUGUCAAGUUAAAACAUGCUUUGGUAAAACAUCUUUGGAUCCAAAUGUUUGCUCAGGAAGAGGUGUUUGUGUUGAUGUUGACAAAUGUCAAUGUUAUGUAUUUAAUAACACCAAUGUCAAGAUUACAGGAAGUACAUGUGAAAACUUACUUUGCAGAGGAGUUUACAAUGGUGUUGAAGAUUAUUUCGCUACCACUGAUUAUAGAGCUUGUUCAAAUCACGGAAAGUGUGUAAUUAAUGCAACAACUCUUGAAGGUAAAUGUCAAUGUAAUUCAGGAUAUUACGGAACAUACUGUGGAGCAUUCAAUUGUUAUGGAUUAGCCAACAAUGAUACAAAUGUUUGUUCUGGACAUGGUUCUUGCACUGGAAUUAACAGUUGUUCAUGUUAUAGUAAUAGCACUAAAGGUUUCUAUUCUGGAUCAACAUGUAGCUCAUGUCAUCCUGCAUACUCUGGUGCAAAUUGUUUGACAAGAUAUUGCAACAAUUCCACCUGUUUACAUGGAGGAACAUGUGUCAAUAAUAUUUGUAAUUGUGUUGGAAACUUUACUGGACUACUUUGUGAAAGUUGUAAAACCUAUCAAUACGGAUCUAAUUGUGAUAUUUAUUGUAAUCCUAAAACAUUUUGUAAUAGUCAUGGGAGUUGCACAAGUGCUGGCAAGUGUUCAUGUUAUGUAGAUACCUCCAAUGGUUACUGGAAUGGAACUUCAUGCGCCUAUUGUAGAAAUAAUUAUUAUGGAACUAAGUGUUUGACCUAUGUUGGUUCUUACAAUUCAACUCUAGUUGAUAAUAUUUAUGCUCAGGUUUCUGAUUACUAUGACGCAAUUACAUUCAAGUUGAUUGCUCCGUCUACUUAUACUGCAAAUACGGUCACAUGUUCGAAACUUAUUCAUCCAGAUGAUUUUUCAUUAUUUGGAUCAGAACCUAAAUGUUUCUGGACCGAUAAGGCAAAUGGUAUCUUUACCAUUCAAUUUGAUUUCGAUAAUGAUUUUGAUUUGUCAUCUGGCAGUAACAGUUUCAGAUUGAAUAGUUACAUUUUCUCAACGACUACAACCAUUCUCAAUGAAUAUUACAUAUCCGUUUUCUUUAUUCUUUCCAAGACUGUAAUACCUCCAGUAGCCAAAGUUAAAUCCACAAAGAAAGUUUAUUCCACAACCGAGGAUUUGGCAUUUAGUGGUACUAACAGUUAUUCUGGAGAUAAGAAGGAAUUGGAUUAUACUUGGGAUAUUCAAGGAAAUAACAUUCCAGCAAUUGUUAAAAACAAGGUUCAAGCAAACAAGUUACCAUCUAUUAAGAUUGAUAAGGGUUAUUUACUUCCUGGAGUUUAUAAGGUUUUAUUAAUUGUGAGAAGUAAGGUUACUAAUGAAGUGAGUUCAAAAGAAAGUUUCAGUUUCCAAAUUCAGGGAUAUGCCGUUCCUUCAGUGUCUGUAUCAGGAAAUAAGGAAACAACUUACAAGUCAACUGAAAAGUUGGUACUUGUGAAAAAGACAACAACCAUUCCAGAUUAUAUAAGUGGUUCAUCUGUGAGCAUUGAGUGGGAACAACUUGAAGGUCCAUCCCUUUCUUUCAAGAAGGACGCUUACAAUAAUUUGAUCAUUGACAGUUUCAUAAAGGGAAAGUGGAAAUUCGUUUUCAAGAUUACUAUUACAGCUGCACAAAAUUCAAGUUUAUCAUCAAGUGAUUAUGUGAUAAUUAACACUGAACAACCUGAACUCUCACUUUAUCUUUCAUUGAAGAGUGUGACUAAUUAUUCAUCAACAAUUCAAGUCAAUUAUCAAGAUCCAGAAAACAACACAGACGAAACUGAGUUAUGGCAAUGGUCGUGUAUUAAUUCUGAAACAGAUGGUUAUUGUGGUGAUGGUAUUACAGAUAAGUUAGCUCUCUACUCUAAGAAUCGUGCUGCUGUAGUAAAUGCAAACUAUACUGACUUUUCAAUUCUAACUCUUACAAAACCAAAGUUGACUUUAACAAUUACAAAAGGAGAAAGAAAGGCUUCAUGUUCCAUUACUUUGAAUAUUGUUCAUCCUCCUCCAAUUCUUAGUAUUAUUGGAAUUUCGCCAGUAGCAACAAAAGUUGUCAAUAGUAAUGAUAAGAUUUCAAUUGAAGUUCAAAAAUCUUCACAAGAUUUGACAGAUACUACCAUUUCUGUAAAAACUGAAUGGAAAGUUGACGAAACUGGAAUUUCACAAAGUGAAACCUCAACAUUGCAAUCGACCACAACUUCUCAAAUUACCACAACCACUACCGUGACCUCAGCGUCCAGCAGCAUUCAAGUUGUGAAUAAGAAUGAGCAAAGUGCAAUUAUCAUUAAUGCAGCAGGUUUAGAAGAAUUAGUUGACCACUCCAUUCAAUUGAAAGUUUCGUAUAUCCAAAAGAAUGAAUCCAACUUGAUUGAUGGCUCUCCAGAAGUAAUUGAAAUUGCGUCAACUGAAAGUUCAACAAAUUUCGCAAAGGCAACUCAACCACAAAAAUGUCCAUGUUUUGUUUCACCUUCGAAUGGUGUUUCCAUGCAAACUGAUUUCACACUCACAUGUCAAAAUUGUCAAAACGAACAAAACAGUAUUGAAAUUACACAAGGUUAUAUUGAUAAGGAAACAAAUACUAAAAUUCCAGUUCCACUCAAUGAAGACAAUGUGAUGAGAAUUCCUGCAUUGGUUUCUACAGAUUCUCAAUUGACUACUCAAAGAAAUGAAACCAUGACCUUGUUUAUUGAAUUAACUGAUACAAAGACAGGAGAAUCUAGGAUGAUGUACACUAAUGUUACUGUUGCUACUGUUGAAGCCACUUCAAUGACUGAUGUUAUUCAACAAGUCAGAAAUCAAACAAGUGAAAUUAUUUCUAAUUUCAAUAGAGAUGGUGAUUCUAGUCAAGGUAUUUCACAAACUGUUAAUACCAUAGUUUCAAUCAAUCAAAUGUUGCAAACUUUACCUGAAGCUGCUAAGCGCUCAACUUUAGUUACAAAUAUUCAAACUAAUCUUUUAAAUACUUUGGAAACUGUAACAGAAACAAUAUCUGAAACUAUCACAGCAACUACUACAUCAUUGGUUGUCUAUGCUGCUCAAUCAAUCGUAAAGAAUGAAGUAAAUCUUGACCCAGUCGUGAUUGAUAAAUCAAUUUCCAUUUUGGAUAAUACAAUUGAACAAGCUACAAAGAGUCAAGUAGAAAUAACAACAGAAACGACUAAAACUUUCCUGACUGUUAUUGAAACUCUCUACACAAACAUUGAAAAUAUUACAAACACUAAUACCCAGUUCAAUAGCUUGGAGAAGGUUUCAUCUCUUACAAAAAAUCUUGCUACCUCCAUUGUAAUUGAACAACCUGUGAGUGCAGAUCCUGUUAUUUUACAGACAUCAACCUUAACUGUCGUAGUUGACAAGGUUUACUUGACAGACUUUUCAAACUCUACAAUUUCCACUUCUGGAAAUGAUGUUUCUGUAAAUAUCAGCAUUCCAGCUAUUGAAUCUAUGUCUAAAGAUAAUCACUUCACAUCAAUGACCUAUUCUGUGACAAUAGAGGAAAAUACUGCAAUGCUUGUCGAUUCCACAAUUUCCAGCUCUGUAACAACAAUUGUUCAAAAUAUUAAAACCUCACUUACCACUACCACCACUGUUGAAGUUGUGUCCUCUGUGAGUACAAGCUUCUCCAUUGUUGAAAAUGUGACAACCGUUACAAGUCAAAUUUUGGAUGAAUUGAGUUCAAAGAAUGUUACCGUUGAAAUGUCAGUAGAAGAACUACCAUUAUUACCACCACAAACCAAUAUUACUUACACAUAUUCUUGUGUUGGUGUAGAAUCUGAUAUGUCGUUGAAUGGUAAGCAAUGUACUGCAAGUUAUGAUGAGCAAACUUCUACUGUGAAAUGUAAUUGCCAAUUUACUGAGCUCGCUAUUGAUAAUUUGCUUGUCAUUAGAAAUAUCACCACAGUGCAAGAAAUUACAACCACUUUGAGUUUCGACUGUUUUGGUAUUUCCAGUUUGGAAACUAAGGUAGUUUGUUCAGGAAAUGGUGAAUGUAUUGGAAAUGAUUUAUGUAAAUGCUCAAAUGGAUUCUUUGGAUAUAAAUGCAAUAUUACAAGUUGCAAUGGAAAGAGACAAGAUGAUCCAACUGUUUGCAGUGGAAAGGGUAAAUGUUCCAGUGAUGGAAAAUGCACAUGUCAGUUCGGAUACGGAGGUCAAGCCUGUCAAGAUAAAACUUGUUAUGGCAUUUCUUCUACAGAUGCAAAGGUUUGUUCAGGAAGAGGUACUUGUUUAGAUAUUGAUAAGUGUUCCUGCUUGUCAAUUUCUGGAGUCAAGAUUACAGGCGAUUCUUGUGAAAACUUACUCUGUAGAGGUAUUUAUAAUGGCGUUGAAGAUUAUUACUCAAGUACUGAUUUUAGAGUUUGUUCAAAUCAUGGUAAAUGUUUUAUCAAUUCUACAAGUGGCGUAGCAGGAUGCAUAUGUAAUUCAGGAUACUAUGGUGAAAAGUGUGAUCAAUUUGAUUGUAAUUCUAUUUCAAAGAGUAGCUCUAAUGUUUGUUCAGGACAUGGUCAAUGUGUAGAUGUCAAUACUUGUUCAUGUGUUAAUGAUGAUGUAAAUGGUCAUUAUUAUGGAUCUGAUUGUAAUACAUGUCAUCCUGCCUACACUGGUCCAACAUGUACUGAGAGAUCUUGUACCGUCUCAACUUGUUUGAAUGGUGGAUCUUGUGGAAGCAACAAUACUUGUGUUUGUACAGGUAAUUUUGAUGGAUUUAUUUGUGAAAAGUGUAAGACUAAUUACUAUGGGCCAAAUUGUGAUAUAUAUUGUAAUGGUCAAACAACUUGUAAUGGUCAUGGUAAUUGUGAUAUUACUGGUAAAUGCUCUUGCUAUCAAGAUAGAGAUAAUGGCUACUGGAAUGGAAUUUCUUGUAAUGAUUGUAUGAAUGGCUACUUUGGAAGUGAUUGUGCAACAUACUUUGGAUCAUUCAACUCUACCUAUAUUAAUGAAAUUUACGCUCAAAUUAAUGAACUAUUUGAUGGAGUUACCCUCAAAUUAUUUGCUCCACCUUCAUACACGGCAAAUACAGUUCCAUGCUCCAAAUUGAUUCACGCUGAUGAUUUGCAAUUGCUUGGUACAGAGCCAAAAUGUUUCUGGACUGAUAAGGCAAAUGGUAAUUUUAAGAUUCAAUUCGAUUAUGAUUUUAGUUUAACAGCAUCAAGUAAUAUUAGAGUUAACAAAUAUGCAUUCUCAAAGAUUACUACCACCAUUAUUGAAAUUUACAUUAGAAUUUACUUUAUCAUUUCACAAACAGUCAAGCCACCAGUUGCCCAAGUUACAUCCUCAAAGAAAUUAUUUAGUUAUUAUGAAGAUAUAAUAUUUAGUGGUUCGAACAGUUAUUCUGGAGAUAAGAAGGAAUUGGAAUAUAUUUGGGAUAUUCAAGGUGACUCAAUUUCAUCUACAGUUUUGAACAAUAUUAGAUCAAAUAAGCUGUCAACCAUUACGAUUCAAAAAGGUUCAUUAAUUAAGGGAGUUUAUACAUUGAUUUUGAAGGUAAAGAGUCAAAUAUCAGCCCAAUACAGUUCUAUUGAAACAAUUGCAUUCCAAGUUCAAGAUGUUGAAAUGGCCUCUGUGCUAAUUUCUGGUGAAAAGCAAAAUACUUUCAAGUCAACUGAUAAGUUGGUUUCUAUUAAGAAGGUUACCUAUUUGCCAACCUAUUUGAAAGAUCAAGCAAUCAAUGUUGAUUGGGAGCAAAUUGAAGGACCAUCCAUCAGGUAUCACAAAGAUUCUUAUCAAAAUUUGAUUAUUGAAAAGUUUGCUUCUGGAAAAGUGAAAUAUGUCUUUAAGGUAACCAUUAUUGUGGCCAAUCAAACUUCUACAAUUAGUGACUUUGCUAUAAUUAAUACCUAUCAACCAGAUCUUUCACUUUCUCUCUCUUUAAAAGAAACUUCAUCUAUGAGAAACGUUAUUCAAGUCUCUAGUGAAGACCCUGAAAAUAAUGUAGACGAAAAGGAAGUUUGGAAAUGGACGUGUAUUAACUCUGAAACUAAUGGGUAUUGUGGUGAUGGAAUUCUUGAUAAGAUGUCUCUAUACUCAAAGAAUCACUCCUCUAUUGUAAUUUUCAAUCAAGAAGACUUUUCAACACUAACUCUUACAAAACCAAAGCUGACUUUGACAAUUACAAAAGGUGAAAGACAAACAUCAAGCUCAAUUACUUUGAAUAUUGUUCAUUCACCUCCAAUGGUAACUUACAUUGCAGUCGAACCAACUUCCAACUCAAUUAUCAAUAGCAAUGGUCGAAUUUCUAUUGAAGUUCAACAUUCAAACCAAGAUUUAACUGAUUCUUCAGUUUCUGUCAAGUCUCAAUGGAAGAUUGACAAUGGUGUUGUUUCAGAAAGUUUCACAAGCAAAUCCUAUGCUUCAAAUUCUUUAACCACAAUUACUACUAUUUCACCAACUUCAGAAAACAUUCAAGUUGUAAAUAAGAAUGAACAAAGUGCAAUUAUUGUAAACUCCAAACAAUUAGAAGAAGGAGUUGCACAUGCCAUUCAAUUUAAGGCUUCCUAUGUCCAAAAGAGUGAAAGCUCUGAAAUUGAAAUUGCCUCCACUGAAAGUUCUAACAGUUUCACAAAGGCAGCUCAACCACAAAAAUGUCCAUGUACUGUUUCACCUUCUGAAGGUAUUUCCAUGCAAACAGAUUUCACACUCACAUGUCAAAAUUGUCAAAAUCAACAAAAUACCAUUCAAAUCAAACAAGGUUAUAUUGAUGUUGAUACAGGCAUCAUGAUUUAUAUUCCUCUCACUCAAGAAAAAACAAUGAAACUGCCAUCAUCUAGUUCCUCUACCAGUAAUUCAACAACUGUCAAAAUAUUCGUUGAAUUAACUGAUACUCAAACAGGUGAAUUCAGAAUUAUGUAUUACCAUGUUACUGUGAUGCGUGUUGUGGUGACUUCAAUUACACAGAUUGUUCAGCAAGUUACAACCCAAACCAAUACAAUCAUGUCAUCCUUUGUUAAAGAUGGUGAUUCGAGUCAAAGUAUUUCACAAACAAUUAAUACCAUAGUUUCAACUAAUCAAAUGUUACAAACUUUACCUGAAUCUGAGAAGAGUGCCACUACCAUUACUAAUAUUCAAACAACUUUAUUAGAUAUAUUGGCCAAUGCAACUGAAACUACUUCAGAAGAAACAAUCUCAGAGUCAACCUCAUCAAUGAUUGUCUAUGCUAUUCACACCAUGUUAAAGAAUGAGCAAAAUAUUGGGCAAGUUGUCAUUGAAAAAUCAGUGAAUGCUCUUGAGAAUAUUGUGGAACAAAAUUUCAGAACUAAUGUUGGUGUUCCACCUCAGACAACUCAAACUUUCAUGUCAGUUGUUGAAAAUCUAGUCUAUGCCUCUGAAAAUAUUACAAACCUGAAAGAUCAAUUUGCAAGAGACGAAGAAAUUUCUGCUCUCACUGAAAAACUUGCUCUCACAAUUGUAAAAGGAGAACCAGUAAGUGCAAGUGCUGUAGUAUUAAACAGUGGUGUUUCCAUUGUAAAGGCAGAUAAGGAAUAUGUUAAAUAUCUUUCUCAAUCAGUGAUUGGCUCACCAUCCUCAACAGACGGAAAAUACCAAGCAAACAUUGUUAAUAUCACCAUGCCAGAUAUUCUUGUUAGUGAUAGUAAUCCAUUUGGUUCUGCAACUUAUUCAGUUGUGGUUAAGGAAAACAUUCCAAUUAUUGUACAAAAGUUAAUUAAUCAACAGGAUGAAAAUUCCACAAUAGUAGUUGUUUCUCCAGUUAGUACAAGUUUCUCUAUUCAAUCCAACACAACAGCUGUUGGUUUGAGACAAAAUGUUACAUUCCACAUUCGUGUUUCUAAAGAUGAUUAUGGCAUCUUUGAUAUUUCUUCCUAUUCAUGUGUUAGAGUUCAAUCUGAUCUAGGAAAUGAUUACUCCUCAUGUUCAAUUUCUGGUUAUAAUAAUGCUACUUCAACUACUGAUUGUAAUUGUGUAUUCUCAGAUUUAUUCAUUUCUAAUGUGAUUGUUGUGAAAAAUACUUCCCUUAGAACAUUCCAAGCUGCCAAUACGACCUAUCUCACCACUCAGGAUAUCAUUAUUAUUUCAACAGUCAUUGGUGGAACCUGUUUUAUUUCGAUUACUUGCUUCUUCAUUGCACUAGUUGCUGGUGUUAUUUAUCGUAGGGGUUCGUGUGUUUGUUGCUGUUGUGGAAGAAGAAGAAAAACUAGACCACAGGAGGAGAAGGAUAAUUCUUCAGAUGAUGUAGAAAUGACUGUUCGUGCUCAAAUGAUUUCUCUACCAUCAAAGAAUUCAUAUCAGGAAUCAGCCAAUACAACUUCUACACAAAGUCAAGGUAGUAUUUCUGUGAGGAUGUUGGUUUAA